CUGAUGCAGGAACUGAGGGACCUCAGUUUGAGAAAAAAGAAAAAAACCUGAAAAUUUGUAACAGAAUCCCAGCGGAAGGGCUGGGGCAGGUGAGCUGCAAGGACAGACCUAAGGGGGAGGGUCUCCCUGCCUCUGCUAAACAUCUCCAUUCUCUUUGCUGCAGAGUCUCCCAGGAUUGCACUAAACACACGUUUGUUCCUUCGACAUAUAAUUGUUAGAGCUCCUUCUAGCUUCAUACUUUAUUUUACCUUUCAGAUUUUAUUUAAGUAGGGAUUUUAAGAAGGCUAGUUGUUUGCUAUCCUGAGGGUAGUGAAACGACUGGAGUAGGAUAGCAGAGGGCCUGGGCAAGCGCACUAGGAUGUGUCCUCCGGAGACGGCUCGGCUCAGGGAUCCAGGAGCGCUGGCCCUGGACUUCGUUCCCGCCGCCCGGCCGGCCGCACUUCCCGCCCUCGCCUAGAUCCCGGCCACCGCCGCCUGAGCCCUCGUCGCCGCACUCCUCUCGCGCUCCGCCCGCGCCCCGCUCCCUCCGGUCCCCGUUCUUCGCCCAGCCCGCCGCUCUCGCUUCCCUCGCCGCCGCCGCCGCGUCCCGGACUCGGUAGGCUCCGCGCCCUGCGGUCGAGCCUGCCCCCUGGCCCCUAAGAGCCCGCGCUCCCGGCUGACGCGGAGGCGCCGCGGUCCCUGCCGCCACCACGGCCAACACGGGUGCCACGCGCCGCCGCCGCCGCCGCCGCCGUGCCGCCGCCGCCGCGGCCACUCGCCCGCCGCCCACCAUGGCCCCGCAGCAAACAGGUAGCAGGAAGCGGAAAGCGCCCGCCGAGAGCUCGUCCUCUCAGGGCUCGGCGGCGGACGCAGCGGGGCCGCUGCUGCCUAAGAAGCAGAAGCGGCCGGCGACGCGGCGCUCGCUGGUGCACUACCUCAAGGACCGCGAGGUGGGCGCUCUGGGCGGCGCCGGGCUGUCGGGCUCCAAGGGCGAACUGCGCGGCUACGCGGUGCAGAAGCUGCCCGAACUCUUGAGGGAGCGCGAGCUGGCCCUGGGCACUCUCAACAAGGUGUUCGCGUCGCAGUGGCUGAACGCCAGGCAGGUCGUGUGCGGCACCAAAUGUAACACCCUCUUCGUGGUGGACGUGCACUCGGGGCAAAUCACACGCAUCCCCCUGAUGCGGGACCGGGGGCCCUGGCUGGCCCGGGCCCAGCCGAGCUGCGGCAUCCACGCCAUCGAGCUGAAUCCCUCCAAGACGCUUCUGGCCACCGGGGGAGAGAACCCCAACAGCCUGGCCGUCUACCAGCUGCCCACCCUGGACCCCGUGUGCCUGGGCGACCGCCACGGCCAUAAGGACUGGAUCUUCACCAUCGCCUGGAUGAGCGAUACAGUGGUUGUGAGCGGCUCCCGCGACGGCACUGUGGCUCUAUGGCGGCUGGACCCCGACAUGUUCAAUGGCAGCAUCGCCUGGCACAAUGACGCGGGGCUUCCUGUGUACGCCCACAUCCGUCCGAGGGACAUGGAGACCAUCCCCAGGUCCAGCACCAGCCCCAGUAACCGCAAGGUGCGGGCCUUGGCCUUUAGCGGCAAGAACCAGGAGCUGGGAGCCGUGUCCCUGGACGGCUACUUCCACCUGUGGAAAGCCCGGAGCACUCUGUCCAGGCUGCUGUCCAUCAGGCUGCCCUACUGUCGAGAGAAUGUGUGCCUGACCUACUGCGAAGAGUUGUCCCUGUACGCGGUUGGCUCUCAGUCCCAUGUCUCCUUCCUAGAUCCGCGCCAACGCCAGCAGAAUAUCCGGCCCCUGUGCUCCCGAGAGGGCGGCACAGGGGUGCGUUCGCUGAGUUUCUACCAGCACAUCAUCACCGUGGGCACGGGCCAUGGCUCCCUGCUCUUCUAUGACAUCCGUGCCCAGAAGUUUCUGGAGGAGAUGGCGUCGGCCAGCCCAGACUCCUGUCCUGGGCCCUCAGGAAAGAAGCUCAAGCUCACCUGUGGCAGAGGCUGGCUCAACCACGAUGACCUGUGGGUGAACUACUUUGGCGGUAUAGGGGAGUUCCCCAACGCGCUCUACACCCACUGCUACAACUGGCCUGAGAUGAAGCUCUUCGUGGCUGGAGGGCCUCUGCCUUCAGGCCUGCAUGGAAACUACGCAGGCCUCUGGAGCUAAGGAUGGCCAAUGUGUUCUCAAAGUGCCCAGAUUUACCUUCCAGUCCCCGCUCACUUUCUUCUUCACGCUGUGCUUUGUGCUUUUUAACUCACUGUGGCAUUUGUCUUCUAGGUUGAAAGUGCCCAGCUUACCUGUGUUUAGUGUAUUUAGGCAGAGAGAGAAAGAGAGAGACAAAUCAAAGGUGAUCUUUGGGCAAUCGAAAGUUGGCUUUAAGAUUUUUCUGUACCUCUCCCAACACCACCAUGUUUUUUGCCUCCUCUUACAAAGAAUUUUGUCUAAUCUUUAAUUGUGUUCUCUGAGUGACAUAUGCUCUUUCUUUGGGCUGUUGUAGAGGUGGUACCCCCUACAAUUCAAUACUUUUUUUACCAAUAUUUCAACAGUAUGUUCAGGUCUUCUACACAUUUCAGAUGUAUGGUAUUUUGGGAAAAUAUAUGCUAAAAAGUAUCUUUGGGGCUGGUUGGAGGAACUACCCUUCAUAUAUAUAAGAGAACAGGUAUAUAGCUCUGCUCUAGAAAAUGCAUUUUAAGAUCUGGAUUGCCACCAUUUGGGGCCUGUUUCAUUUGGAUUUUGGAACCUGGUUGUUUGUUGUUUGUAUAUUUUUGGUACAUAAAAUAUUUAAAAAUAUGUUUUCUUCAAGAAAUCUUAGAAUGGUGUUCAUCCUAUUAAUCACAAUUUUGAUUAGUAAUUUUAUUUUAUUCAGUAAAAUUUAGCCCCAGGUCCUCAGCCUUCUUGUUUAAAGCUGCUAUAACACAGCCUGCUUUCCUGGGUAUCAUUUAUGCUACAGAUUUCCAUAGCUAAUCAAAACUGGCCUAUACAUGGCAGGACAAUCAGGGAAGUUCUUUUGGGGGUAAACAUUUCUUUAAAGUUUAGGUAACACUAUCCAGGCAGCCGUUUACACAGAAAGGCCCGCUGUUGUGCUCAAUGUAGAUGUUGUUGACAAUUUUUUUAUUAUAUACAUGGGUAUUCCUUUUAUUGGGAUUGUGUAUGUGAUGGAUUGCAGAAAAAAUAAAACUUGUUUAGCAUUUUAGCAAUUAAGUACUAGGCUAAGGUUUUUAAAUGCUUACAUAUCUAUUUUUUUCUUAAUUGUCUUCUAGGAAUAUAUUUAUCAAAGUCAAAAUCUUCCAAGAGACCAGAUGAAACUGAAACAUUAGCUGUGCACACAUUACUCUGUAUAUUUGUUUUUGAAAAGCAAACCUAUGCUAGUAUCAUGGGUGAAAAGAUGAAAUAACAUCUUGAAUGCCUUAUCAAAAUAUACUUGCUAUAGGUUGGGACAAUUUGGUAUCUUAUGUUUUUAAGAUGAUUUAAAAAACUUUAUUUACAAAAAAAAAAAGUACAUGUUGUGUUUAUAGCUACCUACUCACAUAUGCUGUGUAUUUGUGUAUAUCUUUGUGUUACUUCCCAUGUGAAAAAAAAGCACAUGUGUAUACCAUUUUACAUAUGCACAUAUUCCUAAUAUUUUAAACUAUGUCUAUCAAGACUUGGUCUUUAGUUUUGUUUUAUUCGAGAUAAGUAAUACAUGCACAUGACCAAACAAGUCAAACUGUAUAAAAAGUGUAAGGUGAAAAGUAGGUC